GAAAAAAACUCAGCCAAAAAAAAUAAAUAUACACCAGAUAAAACCCCCGAUCCCCGCCGUCGUUUUCUCCCCCACUGUCAAAAUGCCCUAGGAAAAAAUGGCGGCAACAUUUGGCGCCAUUACACCAACGCGGGAAAGUUUUGUCGCGGGCAAAUAUUCUCUGUAUAAAUCCACUUCCCAAUUUCCGCAAGUACCCACUUCCCAAUUUCUCAAUCCAUCAUCGCUCACAAGUCCUCGCAAUGGCCCAACAAGAACCACAAGUCAACGGCUUCGAAAUCGCCGAGCCGUCUCCGAAGGUCCAGAAGCUUGACCAUGGCGGCGUCAAUGGGGUUUUGAGAGUGAAGAAGCUUUCUGAGAAGGCUGUUCUGCCUUCAAGGGCUUCCCCUUUCGCCGCUGGUUAUGAUCUUUGCAGCUCAACGGAGGUCACAGUACCAGCCAGAGGAAAAGCGUUGGUACCAACUGAUCUAAGCAUAGCUAUCCCAGAAGGAACAUAUGCUCGAAUUGCACCAAGAUCGGGAUUGGCGUGGAAGCAUUCGAUUGAUGUUUUGGCAGGAGUGAUCGAUGCUGACUACAGGGGUCCAAUCGGCAUUAUAUUGUUCAACCACUCUGAUGCCGAUUUUGAAGUGAAGGCAGGCGAUAGGGUUGCUCAGUUGAUUAUCGAGGUUAUCAUGAUGCCAGAAGUGGUGGAAGUUGAGGACCUGGAUUCGACUGUUAGAGGUGCAGGUGGGUUUGGUUCUACCGGCGUUUAGAAGUAGUUGAAUCAAGUAUAGUAGGAUGUGUUUAGGCUCCACUUCUUCAGUUUCUGCUCUAGCUUUUCGUUGACAUGGGUAAUUCGUGCAAAGUGUUUGUGGGAAAGACUUGUUUCUCCUUUGUGGAGUUAUUCUGGAUAUGUUGAUGAAUCAGUGGCUAAUUGUUUUGCAUUUGUAGAUACAAUGGAAUUCUGAUACCCAGGAAAGACUCGUUGGGUGGGGCAAUCUUCUAAGCCA